UUUUCAUAUAUCUCAUAAGUUUCAUCUACGCGCUUUGAUACACAUAUUUGCUCUCCCCGAGUGCGACACAUAAAUAAAACGUGAAGAAUUUAGAUCUUUGGGCUAGUUAUGUUACUCACUUCGCCACAGUGAGCAAACUCGACGCGCCUCGAUUUGAUCUCUAUAGUGAAGCUUCCAUUUCCGCAAAAGACGCAAAGAGUCUUUAAUCAGGUGCUAUACGAAGGGAACACUGGGAAAAUAGAGCAACAUAAUCGCCUAUCAGAAAAUAUUUAGCAGUGGCGACCGCGAUAUAGACAGAGCAAGAAAGCUAUGCCCGUCUGCAUCUUCUACCAACAGGGCCGAUGCAAGUUUGGCGAUCGAUGCAAGAAUGAGCACCCAGGAGCCCAGUCCGCAUCCCCAUUUGGAGGAGGGGGAAACCGGUUUGGCGUGUUGGCUGGGGGAGGUUUUGCGGGUGCUGCCAGUGGCAGCGGCGCAUUUGGAGGUGGAUCCAAAGACAUCAUCAAGGACAACAAGUAUGGGCUGAAUCCCGAUGACAUAAGAACUGAUCUUACCCCCGGGAAGGGUAGGCCGCAAUGGAUAUUUACCUGCUACGGGCCAGGCAAGAAUGCGCCCGUACAGCUCUUCGGAGGCCCUCAGCGGGAACAGAGUUUUGAAGAGAUGCGUGCGUUACAUUAUGCCGCCGCCGCAGCUGGAAACGCCCAGCAGGUAGUGCAGGAUGCAAUGAAGCUCUACGCUGAAACAGAAGCCCAGAUACAAACCAUCCUUAACGAUAUAGAAGGGGCGGUCAGAUAUAUCAUACAGGGCGAGAACACUCAUCCAAACCGUAUUGAUAUCAUUGAAGGGAAAACAGGCCCUUCACCAACGCCUUUCGGCCAGUCUUCGCCUUUUGCACAGGCUUCAACGGGACCGUCGACAGCAACCCCUUCACCAUUCAGCCAGCAAUCGACAUUCGGAAAGCCUUCAUUUGGUCAACCUACCCCCUUCGGCCAACCCUCAACCGUGGGAGCCGCUGCACAACCCAACCCCUUUGGGCAACCUGCCGGUCCACCACCUUUCGCCCAGUCACCAUUUUCGCAGGCUACACAAACGCAGGCCAAUCCUUUCGGCAACUCAAAUACAGGCUCUUCCCCUUUCGCGCAGAUCAAACAGCCGAACCAGCAACAGCAACCCAACCCAUUUGGCCAGCCAUUCGGUCAACCACAGCCACCACAACAAAAUCCAUUCGGCCAACCGCACCAGCAGCCGCAGACGCAGCAACAGACACCAAAUCCCUUCAGUACACCCCAAUCUCAGAAUGCAUCCACAGCCGGCCAACCUUCCCUUUCCCCCUUCGCCUCGAAAACCCCUGUCCAGCCCACAAACCAACAAAGUCCGUUCUCCACAGCACCUCCACCCACCUCCACCACCGCCACACUCCCCCAAAAAGCCAAACCACACCUCAACCCCUUCCCAGUCCUCCACGGCGAAACCCGACGCGACCCAGGAACCAAUCGCCUCCUUUCCUGGAAGGGCCAGGCAGUAAAAUACAUUGACAACGAACCUUGCUACCAGCAUCCGAAUGACGCGGGGACCUUUGUGCGUAUAUAUUUCCCCGAUGGCCCUCCAAAGCCGGAGACGCUGAGGGAUGCAGAGGCAAAGACAGAGGAGUAUACGGCGGAGACCGAGGCGAUUUAUAGGUUUGUGAGGGAGCAUGGGGGGUUUGGCAUUGGGGGUGGAGAGGCGUCCAACAUGAAAGUGAAAGUGCCGGACGUGCCUCCUAGGUUUAUAGAUGCGGGUGAUUGCUAUGGCGUUAAUUUGGAUGAACUGGGGAGUUCCCUGCCGUUUUCAAUAUAUCUGACUGGGUUCUCCAGAUCAUCAGAUAUUACGAAAGCAUCCGUGAUGCAGAACCAAGAAUGA